AUGGAAUCUAAGGCAACGGCUUCUGGCUCCUUUUUGGAGAACAUCAUUGGAAAACCAGUAUACGUCAAGCUAUUCUCAGGAAUAUUGUAUCAAGGUAAGCUAGAAUCAAUUGAUGGGUUUAUGAACGUCACAAUGUCACAAGUGUCGGAACAUUAUGAGGCAGAAGAGAACGGAACUUUGCAUAAAUAUCCUUCUGAAGUAUUUCUAAGGGGAUCGCAGGUGUUAUACAUUAGCGAAAAAUAG